ACUAGGCAAGCAAACAAAUCAGAGAACAAAGUGGCAGCGGUCGCAUAACGCAAGGCCGCUAGCGAGUUUCACUCAAAGUUAAUCUAAGCCUACUUAUGGCCUACAAUGUUUGAAUGUAGCGCCUGCCAGCGAGAGGUGAAUGUCCUGAAAUGCCAACAACAGGCGCUGUUACAUGGCGUAAAYAGCAAAGUGCUCCCGAUUCAUGUGAAGCAUAAUGUUCGUGAUGCUCACGUUGAAAAAGGUCAUUCACCCGACCUUGGGGUGCRACACAGUUGGGCAACUCGUGGCAUCAAUAGCUUCAUCAUUAUGACGUAGUUAUGUGUUUGCCUAUACUCUACUCGUAUUGGCGUAGUUCCUGUUCGUGGCGAGUGCGCAUCGCUCUCAACUUGAAGGAAAUACCCUACGACAUCAAACCAAUCAGCCUAAUCAAGUCGGGCGGCGAACAGCAUUGCAAUGAGUAUCGUGAGGUCAAUCCGAUGGAGCAGGUGCCAGCGUUGCAAAUCGAUGGCCACACGCUGAUCGAGUCAGUCGCUAUUAUGCACUACUUGGAAGAGACACGUCCCCAACGUCCACUGCUGCCACAGGACGUGCACAAGCGCGCUAAAGUGCGUGAAAUUGUGGAAAUCAUCUGUUCGGGUAUACAACCACUGCAGAAUCUAAUUGUGCUCAUCCAUGUCGGCGAGGAGAAGAAGAAGGAAUGGGCACAGCAUUGGAUUACGCGCGGCUUCCGCGCUGUCGAAAAGGCGCUYUCCACCUCGGCUGGCAAAUACUGUGUGGGCGAUGAGAUUUCCAUGGCCGAUUGCUGUUUGGUGCCACAGGUCUUCAAUGCAAGAAGAUUCCAUGUCGAUCUACGUCCAUACCCGAUCAUCUUGCGUAUCGAUCGKGAAUUGGAGGCUAACCCCGCAUUCCGCGCCGCACAUCCCUCCAACCAACCAGACUGUCCACCGGAGUUGCCAAACAAAUAGAAUUUCCCGUCAACAACUGCGAAGCGCCGCAAAACCAAAAAAUGAUCGCAGACAACACAAUAACAAUAACAAGAAGAAAAGUAGCAGCAGCAGCAUCAAGCAUAACCGAAACACCUGGAAGACGCCGAAUCCAUGCAAUGGCGCACAAAUUGAAAACAAACGAGACAAAAUGUGGCACUUUCAAGCAGUUGAAACAAAUCUGACCAAACGAAGCAGCGCAAAGUUGCAAAUUUAAUAAAGAAAAAAAAAUAACAAAAACCACAAGACAAAAUUUUGAAAGACGAAUUGGCAAAACAUUGAGACACAUAUACGUAUGUAUAUCUAUAAAGAUAUUUAAAAAUACUUGAAACUUGCAAAAUUCUGCAAAACCGUUWAAUGGAGAUCAGUGGUAGGAUAAAGAGUCCACAAAGUGGCCCACGCUGAACCGCUCGACAACUAAACAAAAUAAGCAUAUAAUAAAUGUAUGAAGAAAUUGUGAAAUGCAAACUCAAAGAGGAUAGAAAAUGUGAGAGCUAAUCGAACAUUUGUAAUGUGAGAAAGCAUAAAAAUUUUAUUUAAAAAAUAUUUGGCAACAAUUGUGAAAACUAUCUAAAAGAUAUGAAUACGUAUUUUAUAGAUUACACUUAAACCCAUACACACACACAAACAUCUAUAUUAUAAGCAUUACGUAAAGAAGUAUGUAAAACUAUAAAAGGUUAAAGGAAAAAAAUUGAGAUUUCGAAAAUUAAAUGAAAAUAAAUUCGAACAUAAAAAAUUAAAAAUUAGAACUUGUGAAAUUAUGUACGAAAAGCAAAAUUAAAUUCAGGGAUUUUUAAGCAACUAGGAGGGAAUAAGUGAAAUUCGCAAAAAAUGAACAUACACACACAUCCACACACAAACAACACAAGCAGACACUUGAGCAAGCCACUGAACAAAACACCAAACAAUAACGGUGCAAACACAAAGAACUUGCAACAAAAUACAAAACACGCAAAUAAAAGAGUACAAAAUGCAGUAAAUUAAUUCRUUGAAACCAAAAAGUACAUAAAAGCAUAAGUGAACAAGCAAAAGAAAAACUAUUAGCUUCCUAAAGUGAACAUGAAAAUUAAGCAUUACAUUAAGCAACAACAAAAACGAAAUGUAUUUUAAUAGUUGGACAAGCAUUAGGAUUUUCACAAAAAAAUAACUAUUAAUAUUAAAAAAUACAAUUAAAGCGCCUAUUCACACGUACAUUCAUUAUUGAGAUUUCAAUCAAAACUUUUUUUAAUUUCGAUGUUUUUACUAAUCAAAACGGCUGGAUAAAUGAUUUGCUCAGUUAACUAAACUUAUUUUUGAACAAUACCAACAAUGAUUUUCAGCAUUCAAACUUUAUCGAAUGAAGAACUUUUAUAUAAAGUUUAACUCGUAGCGUCAAAUAUUAAUUUGCUAAAUUAUUGACUAAAAAUUCCCGUUUUGUCACACUUCGAUUGUGAAAUCAAUUCAGCAAGCCAAAGUGUGACAAAAUUACUUCAUUCUCCUAAUUUUCAAUAUCAAAUUUAACCGAUUUCUUUURUAAGAAGUUAUUCCCAAAGUGCGAUAUUGUCUUAAAUAUUCAAUAAAUUGAAAAAAUCUAUAAAUUAAACGAAAUUUGUUCACUCAUAUUUCAAGCAAACUAAUCCAAGCCUUCAACCAUUGAGUCAAUUAGAGGACUCCAACUUGUCAAAA